GUCAUGUGACCUCCUACCCGGGUCUACGAUGAAGCUAUCUCCAAAAUAAUAGCAGUUUAGCGCUAAAUUUCAGUGUUUUGAAUGUGAUAUGAGUCAGUCAGGCAUUGAACUGUUGUUAUGUUUAAGGUUUAUACCGAAACGCAGUUCUAGCAGGGAUUUUAACUGACCUGGGUGAACGAUUACAGAGUCGCAGAGGAACAUCUCACUUCGUCUGUCAACAUGAAGACCGACAUCCCCUAUAACCAGUUGGAUGCAGAGGGAAACAAGCAGGGAUCGUCCCAGAGAGCCCAGCUGUGCUACAGGUGUUUGGUCGCCCUGGCCUCAGUGGCCUGUGUGCUUCUCGCUGCUGUAGCCAUCUAUAACUUCCUGACCGCACCAGCCUCCUCCUACCAUCCUGCCCUCGUCUCCUCUGGCCUCCAGAAAAAGAUGGAGUCCUGUUCAGAUCCCUGCAAGAUUGUUCUGGUGGAGAGCAUCCCUGAGGGGCUGGAGUUUAACUCCUCCUCCACCAACCCCUCCAUCUUUCAGGCGUGGAUCAGUCUGAUGAGCGAGGCGCGCAGCAGCGUGGACAUCGCCUCCUUCUAUUGGACGCUUACUAACAAGGACACCAGCACUCAGGACCCCACUGCCUCUCAGGGGGAGGAGGUUUUGAAGAGACUGGCUGUACUCUCAGGGAAUCUUCACGUCCGAAUUGCUGUCGACUCGCAGGAAGGGAAACCGCAGGCUGAUCUCACACUGCUCGAGAAUUCAGGAGCCGACAUCAGAAAAGUUGACAUGAGAAAUCUCACCUCAGGGGUUCUUCACACCAAGUUCUGGGUCGUUGACAAGAAGCACGUUUACAUCGGCAGCGCCAACAUGGACUGGAGGUCGCUGACGCAGGUGAAGGAGCUGGGAGCCGUGGUCUAUAACUGCAGCUGCCUGGCUGCAGAUCUGGAGAAGAUCUUUGAAGCUUAUUGGUUCGUAGGGGGGAGCCAGUCCAUUCCGUCACCGUGGCCUUCCAACUUCACCACUCUGUACAACAAGGACACGCCCCUUCAGCUCCCGCUGAACAGCACACCAUCCAGCGUUUAUCUCUCUAGUUCGCCUCCUUCCUUCUGCGCUACCGGCAGAACUCCAGAUCUUCAGUCCAUCCUCAGUGUGAUGGAGGACGCUGAGAGUUUCAUCUACAUCGCCGUCAUGAACUACUUGCCCACUACAGAGUUUACUCAUCCUAAAAGGUACUGGGCAGACAUCGACACCCAGCUGAGGCGUUCAGCGUACGAGAAAAAGGUUCGAGUGCGUCUGCUGAUCAGCUGCUGGCAGCACUCUCCUCCCGUCAUGCUUCCCUUCCUGAAGUCUCUGGCUUCGGUUCACGAUUCUAAAAACAAACUGGACAUCCAGGUGAGGCUGUUUGUGGUUCCUGCCGACCCGAGGCAGAAAAAGAUUCCCUUUGCAAGAGUGAACCACAACAAGUACAUGGUGACUGACAAAGUAGCGUACAUAGGGACGUCUAACUGGUCAGGGGACUAUUUUCUGAGCACGGCUGGUUCGGCGCUGGUCGUAAACCAGACGGAUUCCCAGUCAGCAGGCCCAACCGUCCAGUCGCAGCUGAAGGACAUCUUUGAACGGGACUGGCACUCGGCCUACAGCUCUCCUGUCACACACAAUGCAAACCUUGAACUCUUCUGUUAGUUUCUACAGCCAGCAUCACACUUUCAUAUCAGCACUCCUUUGCACAUGUACAGUGUUCAGAUUGUCGGCACCUGUUGAAGAACAACUGCUCUAACAGGGGACUCUGAAUCUGAUGCUGUGAAAGUAGUUUUUGAAAUUAUUUUUAACACCAAAUAGGAAAUAAGUUUGAGGGGAAAGAAAAAUCACACAAGUUUUUGAAAGUUUUUUUUUUUUAUACGUUCAAAUCUGAAAAGUGUGGAGUGCCUUUGUAUUUAAACCCUAUGACUCGGGAACCUUGUUUAUGAGCUGAUAUAUCUCAGCUCAGCUUAGAACUUCUAAGAACACCUCCAACUCUGCUGGAUUAGGUGGUGAACAUCUGCCAACAUCAGGUUUCUCAAAUGUUUUUAAGUCUGGACUUUGACGGGCCCAUUCUGGCGCAUGAAAAUACUUUGACCUUAUCUUUAAAGUCGUUGUCCUGCUGAAAGUGGAGCUACACUCCAGCUUUUACUGUUCACAGCGAUCUAUAGUUAAUUUUACAGACAGAUGAUGAGAUGAAUAGAGCGCUGAGAGAUGUUGAUCCAUUAAAAUAACCGUUUAGCUCCUAAACCUUCUUUAAAUUCAUAGGGAAACAGCUGUUCCAACUGGUCUGCAUAAGAUAACAAAAAAAAAAACACAUAGAUUUUAAGACAUUUUUUUAAAAUAGGAAUUUUAUAAAUUUUGGGACAAUAUAGUCUGAUAAAGAGUACAUUUAUAUACAUGUUUAAGCCAGAAUGAUUUGACAUUUCAAAUAUGACUUCCCUACGACUUUAAAGGUCUUCACCACCUUCUUACUAAACCAAUCUGCUUCACCCCUCUCUGACCUCUGAGCUUUAUUUACACUCAGAUUAGAUUAAAAACAUGCAAAUGUAUUCACUAAAGAGGUGAUUUCUGAAUCCGGUUUAUUGUUUCCUCAGGUCCAAAUGGGUUGCAACUGUUUUAGAUUCUUUUUUUUUUUUUUUUAUCUCCCCUUCACUUCACAUUUAUGUACUACUUUGUUUUGGCCUGUUAUAAAAAGCCCAGAUAAAAUGGACCUAAGUUUGUGUUUUCAGCUUCAGUGCCGAACACUUGUUUCUCCUAGGGAAUAAUACACCUUUAAAACAGGGUUCAGCCUCUCUUUCAGUAACUAGAAACUUUGCAGUUUGUAAAGUUCUGCUGUGGUGAAUGUAGUUCUUGGCCUGAAGUUCCUGCAGCAGCAGGUGCUUCCGCCAUGGAGCAAGAUCAGCUGGUUCUUCUGCAUUUCUAUCUUCAGCCUCAGAGGGAG